GACCCGUCCCUUUGCGACUUUCAGCUCGUGCUCACGCUUUUGUUUUUCAAUCACUGAACACGAAUUAUUUUCUUAGCGACCCAUAGUUGAACUGUUGCACAUAAUGUCGGUAACAGAAAUGUUCAGCUAUAUUCAGGGAUUCCUGGGUGCGGAUCAAGAUAUAAGAGAGGAUAUCAGAAAGGUUGUGCAGGGCCUGGAGCAGACAGCGAGGGAAAUCCUGACUCUUCUCCAAAGUGUCCACCAGACAUCUGGCUUCAAAGAGAUUCCUAGUAAGUGCACCAAGGCUCGGGAGUUGUUUUGCACAGUGAGGACACACAUUUCAGACCUCAAAACAAAAUUCCCAGUGGAGCAGUAUUACAGAUUCCAUGAGCAUUGGCGGUUUGUGCUUCAGAGACUGGUUUUCCUGGCAGCCUUUGUGGUCUACUUGGAGAGUGAGGUCCUGGUGGCCAGAGAAGAAGUGGCCCAAAUAUUAGGGAUUGAAGUGGUCAGAGAGAAAGGAUUCCACCUCGAUGUGGAAGAUUACCUCGCUGGUGUACUGAACAUGGCCAGCGAACUGUCUCGUCUGGCGGUGAACAGCGUGACCGCAGGAGACUACACCCGGCCACUCCGCAUCUCCAACUUCAUCAACGAGCUGGACUCCGGCUUCCGCCUGCUCAACCUGAAGAAUGACCCCCUGCGCAAGCGCUACGACGGCCUGAAAUAUGACGUGAAGAAGAUCGAGGAGGUGGUGUAUGACCUGUCCAUCCGUGGGCUGACCAAGGAACCGCAGGAGGCUGGGGGAGACAAGUAGAGCUGGGAGUGGGGAUAGGGAAGGGGCUGGGACAAUCCUCCAGAACUGGGACAAAGAACUUGACCUGUUGCAGGGCAGGACCAAGGGUCUGAUGCCCUGGAAGCCUAAGACAGACUGUGUGUGUGAGAGCGAGAGAGCGAGAGAGCGAGAGAGCGAGAGAGCGAGAGCGAGAGAGAGCGAGAGAGAGAGAGAGAGAGAGAGAGAGAGAGAGAGAGAGAGAGAGAGAGAGAGAGAGAGAGAGAGAGAGAGAGAGAGAGAGAGAGAGAGAGAGAGAGAGAGAGAGAGAGAGAGAGAGAGAGAGAGAGAGAGAGAGAGAGAGAGAGAGAGAGAGAGAGAGAGAGAGAGAGAGAGAGAGAGAGAGAGAGAGAGAGAGUGUGUUUGUGGCAGUCUGUCAGUGGGGUUCGAAAACCCAGAGACGGUAGUUUUGAAGGGGAGUUCCAACUUAAUACUGGUGUUUGGAUUUGUUCGCCUGUUUCUGACAUCAUCAGAGUGCUUUUCAUGUUUCACAACAUUUUUAUUUUGUUGUUAAAACUGUUAUACACAUACCUUAUAUGUUAAGUAUUGUUUUGUUUUAUUAUUUAAGGUCAAAGUUGUAGUUUAGACCACCCAAAGAAAAAAAGAAAAUUUAACCUUAUUGAUCUUACGUUUUGGAGUCGAUAUGCUAAAAGAUAAGUUCAUGCAUCUUCCAAAAGCCAAGGAAGUAGUCCAGUACAGACAGUUUAAAGGCUGCUGAAUGUGAUGUGUAGUGGUUAUUUCCCCUCAACACAUUCAAACUAUUUGAAGAGAGCCAAAGAAACAGCAUAGGUGCACUCAAUACAGAUAUGAAGCCUUUGUUCUGUCCUGUGUUGAAAAAAAACCCAUUACUGCGUCGACAUGGUGUGCGCUUUUUCAAUAUUGACAAUGCAUUGAUUCUAUCUCAGUGUCACUGCCUCGUUUGUCUGCAUGUUCUAUGGACAGGAGAGACUGGGUCAAGCCAAGCUGGGGUGGUGCUGAACGCAGCUUUCAUUUUGCUAUGUACUGUACUGUACCAUACACUGCAAAAACAGUUGCUCAGUGAUUUACUCCUGGCAAAGCCAAGUCAAAAAAAAAUAUUUUCAUACUUUUUCGCAACCUCCAUGCAUUUUUCUUGUAAACCAUGGUAGUGAAGUUGGAUAGUGUCGUUCUAAAGUGCAAUGAUUGAUUUUGUUGCACUAUUCCACUGUGUUUGAAUGGUUUCCCUAAAUUAGUGAAUUGUGCGUGCUUCCAAAAUGAUUCCACCUGAUCAACAGGAGCUUAUGUUUCAGUGUUUUGUUUCUGUAUUUGAUCCUUUGUUGGAUCAGUUGUGAGGCCAUUUGUUCCGAAUAAAUAUUUCUACUUUGCACCAUC